AUGGAGACGCCGCCGCUGGACAAUGAGCGCCACCUGCGGUACUGGCAGCGAUGCCUGCGCAGCGUGCUCCCCCACCAGUACACCAGCAACGACAGCAUCCGCAUGACCCUUGGCUGCUUCAUUGUCGCCGCCGUCGACCUCCUCUCUCCGACCUCCACAAGUCCCGCCGGGCCUGCACCCUCGGACAAGCCCAAGGCCGCCUCCAUAACCCCCUCAGAUCGAUUGCGCAUUCGGGAAUGGGUCCUCUCGUGCCAACACCCCGGAGGCGGCUUCUGCGGAGCUCCGACGCAUGCGCUGCGACCGCAGGACUAUGAAGGGUGGGACGCUGAGGCCCGCAAACCCGAGACUGCCAACUCUGGAGCGGCCAAUGUCGCUGCGACCUACUUUGCACUCGUGCUGCUGGCCCUGGUGGCCGAGGAUAGCGCGGCAGAGUCCGCUUUCAGCGGCGUGCGGCGGGCAGAGACUCUGGACUGGCUAAGGAGGUUACAACGCGACGACGGCAGCUUUGGCGAGGUCCUGUACGACGUGCCGGCACAGGCGCAGGGCCGGACAAAGAACAAAUGGGUCGUGGCUGGAGGGAGCGACACACGAUACUGCUACCUCGCUGCCGCAAUCCGGUGGAUGCUCCGGGGCGAUAUCAGGCCGGGGGGUAGCGGUUGGGUGGAGGAUAUCAACGUAGAGUCCCUGAUAGGGCACAUACGGCAAGGGCAGACAUACGAUGGCGGCUUCGCGGAGACGUCACACCACGAGAGUCACGCAGGCUACGCAUAUUGCGCCAUAUCAGCACUAUCGCUGCUAGACCGGCCAGCAGAGAACAGCACGGCUUCCCACGACGGCGCCAUUCUACGCCGUGCUAUUGCCGAUCAACCGGCUCUGACCGAAUGGCUUGCAUCCAGGCCAUUUGAAUAUCUGGAGGAAGCGGAGGAGGCCGAGGACAAUGAGGAAGACAACUUCGCUCAGCCUACGUGCCUCGCGGACACUGUCGGUGCCUCUGAGAUCAAGUAUGCCGGCUUCAACGGGCGCUGCAACAAGGUUGCCGACACAUGCUACACCUGGUGGGUCGGCGGCACCCUUUCUAUCCUGGGACUCGACGACGACCCGGAACGACGUCUGGUACCCACAGAGGCAGCGCGCCGCUUCUUGAUGGAGAAGACGCAGCACCUCAUUGGGGGCUUUGCCAAGCAUCCCAAGGGCCCGCCGGACAUUUAUCAUGCGUACCUGGGACUUGCGGCGCUGGCAACACUGGGAGAAACCGAGCGGCUCAAGGAGUUUGACAGCGCACUGGUCGUGAGCAUGGAUGCGGUCAAGAGGAUCGAGGCUGGGAGAAGGGGCCUGUUCAGGGCUGCUGGCAAAGGGAAGCAGGGUACCCAGGAAGGGCAAAGCGCUGAGAGAAGGUUACGAGAGAUGGGGUUGGACAUGCUGGGAAGAGAAGUUUCAUGGCUGCCUGCUGUACAGGGCUCAUGUCAAUGA